AUGUCUUUUCAACCGCCAACUGUGUUUGCGAAUUUUGACGGAGUAAUGGAUGACGGAAAGAAGUCGGAGAAUAGCGUCGUUAAUGGCUUCUCUCCGGUGUCUUCUACUCCUGUUUUCUGGAAAUCUCGGAAGAGAUCAGCGAGUGCGAAGAAUUUGUACAAGGACAUGGUAGAUGAAGGUGAUAAGACUUCAGAGAAGAAGGAAGAGCAGGUGACAACAACAGAUGAAAAAAUGGAAGAAUCAUUAUCAACUCCACCCACAGUUCUGUCUGAGAAACGUAAGGCUCUUUUUGAACCUCUGGAACCAAUAAUGGAUUUGAGUGGUAGAAGACCUUCAGCUGAAUCCUUACUCCCUCCACCGGACUUUGACACUGCCAGUUACCCUCGUGGAUGGCUAAUUGGGAAGAAACGGAAGCUUGUAAAUGUGGAUGUUGUUGAAAGCAUGCGCAGGAUUGCAGUACAGGAAAUGAACAGAAAGGACAGAGAGAUUAACGGACUUAACGAGCAGUUAGAAGAAGAUGCACGUGUCCUUGAACACCUUCAACUCCAACUGCUUGAUGAACGAAGCAAACGCGCAGAUGUUGAACGACAGAAUACAAUGCUGCAGAACCAGGUGGAUAUGCUCAUGAAUAUGCUUCAGGAGCCUGAAAAUAUCGAUGAUGAAGAUGGCUCACAAGAACCAUAAGUAAGUCUGUUCCCCCCCCCCCCCCCUUUUUUUUUUUUUA